CGAUGGUAAAGCGCACUUGUAAACAUUUGAUCAUCCUGACAACACUAAACAAACUAAACUAAUACAAGGAGCCUCAACUAACAUCAACCUCUAUAUUAUUCUGGACUUUAGACCCAGUACAUGCCAAGUACUUGCCAACAGUGUGUGAUAAAAGACCUUACCGACCAUCCAAGUGGCCAACGAGCUGAUCAUAUACAUUUCAUUCGACAAAUUGAAGCCAUGUGUGAGGUGACUAUAAGAGAGGGAAGAAGGUGUGACAGUGAGGCGAUGCUGCAGUUGAUCCAAAAAUCAGCAAAACAUCAGAAUCUUCCUCCUGAUGCAGUCAUCAGUGCCUCAGCUUUUGAAGAAGAUGGGUGGGGAAGCUUUACUGCUUUCAGAUCAUUUGUUGCUGAAAUGAAAGAUGGCUCUAUAGUGGGCUAUGUGCUCUACUACUAUACCUACUCUACCUGGAAAGGACGUUGUGUUUGCAUGGGAGACCUUUAUGUCUUUCCAACUCAUAGACACAAAGGCAUUGGCUCCAGACUGUGGAAGAAGGUAGCGAAGACUGCUCUUGAUGCAGGUUGCUGUCACUUAAAUAUUACAUUACUGAAAGACAAUGCUCAAGCUGUAGCCUAUUGUGAAAGUCAAGGUGCAAUGAACAUCAGUGCAGCUGUAGACUGGUGUUUUUUUAGAAUGAAUCGUGAUGCAAUGGAAGCAUUUCUCAAAACGGACAAGACUGCCAGUGAAGUAGUUGUCCGUGAAGCAACUGGGAAGGACUGUGUUGGUAUUAAGAAACUUAUCCAGGACUUGGCAGACUACGAGAACAUGCCUGAAGGACCAAAAAUUGGUGCUAAAGAACUACAAGAAGAUUCUUCUGGUGAGAUACUUUUUUAUAAGGCAUAUGUGGCCGAGGAAGUUGACACCUUAGUGGGUUAUGUCUUGUUCUUCUACACUUAUUCUUUGGAAGGACCAGGUGUGUACAUGGAGGAUCUGUAUGUCAGUCCUCCUUACCGUAAUCAGGGGAUUGGUUCAGCUCUUUGGAGAAAGGCCAUUCAGGCCAGUAUUGAUGUUGGAGGAAAAAGGUGCGACUUUGCUGUAUUAAGCUGGAAUACUCCAAGUAUUGAAUUCUACAAGUUAAAGGGAGCUGCCAAUCUAACAAAGGAGAAAGGUUAUCAGUUUUACAGAAUGAAAGAAGACGAGAUGAAGAACUAUGCUAAUGAGUAAUAUGUAACAUACAACCAUAUUGAUCCAUAUGUGUUGUCUUCUCUGUGGUGGUGCUAGUGUAAGUACAGUACAACAUAUGAGUCCGUAUGGUACAGUUUCAUAAACCAGUGUUUCAGAUUGGAUAAAAGAUUGUGGCUGAAUAUUUCUUCAUAAAUACGUGAAGCAUUUUUUUUUCUCUUUUAGGACUAUAAUUUCCCUCAUAACUAAUCUAGCUGUUUUGUAAUAUUCACAUGUACAGCCUUAUGCUAUUGUCCUCCUGUAUAUUAAUGCUCUAUUUUGUAUUUUGGAAUACCUUAAUAGAUUGAGGAAUAUUAGAUCUUUUUUUGUAUUACCCUUCUGUAUGGCUAUAUCUGGUAUAUUCUUGUUGAUUCUGCUACAGAAUUUAAAGCACAAAUGUUUUCCUGGUUGAGGACAACAGUAUUCAUUGCCACGUUUUAAUCUUCCUGAAUUGGUUCUGAUAAAUCUCGAGUUGAUCCUC